AUGGGCCCAGGCACAGACCAGCUGUCCAAUAAGUGUUUGCUAAACCUAAAACGCAACAUUAGGUCUCAGCCCGCUCCCCUGGGCGUCGCAGCCCCUGAGCGGAGCCUCCUGCCACGGCUGGUCGGCUGGCCCCUCUGCCGACCAACAGGUCCCGCCCACCGCCUGGAUGCCCGCAUCUCCCGGCUCCGGGCCCCUCUUGCGUUCCUCUGCGGCGCUCUGCUCCGGGAGACUUUCUGCGACUGUGGCGCACUGCACGUGCCCUCCUGCGAAGCCCCCCCCAGACAGCCGGGGCGCCCACCCGCCCCCUUGGCACGCGGUCCGCGUCGGUUUGUUCGGGAAGCCGGCGAGACCUCACUGCUGCACCCAUUCCAGUGGUGUAUCGGGUGUUUCUGUGGCCUAGGACUGGUUAGCACCAACAAGUCCUGCUCAACGCCACCCAUCAGUUUCCAAGACCUUCCCCUCCACAUCUACGUGGUCAUUUUUGGCACUGGCAUCUUCGUUUUCAUGCUCAGCCUCAUCUUUUGCUGCUAUUUUAUCAGUAAACUUCGAAACCGGGCACAGAGUGAACGAUAUGGAUAUAAGGAGAUGGUCCUUAAAGGUGAUGCCAAGAACUUACAAUUACAUGGGCAGACCUGUGCAGUUUUUCUGGAAGACUUCGAGGGCAAGGACGAGCUGGGCGUGCUCCCGUGCCAACACGCUUUCCACCGCAAGUGUCUAGUGAAGUGGCUGGAAGUGCGAUGUGUCUGCCCCAUGUGUAACAAGCCCAUUGCUGGCCCCACGGAGGCCGCCCAGAGCACUGGGAUCCUACUGGAUGAGCUGUGUGAGUGCUCCCUCCAUAGUGAGAACUGGAGAGGGCCUCGCCUCUCUUGCCUCCUGUAG